AUGAUUGGGAAUUUCAGAUCGCCUGCAAGGGAUGAUCCCUGCUGGACGCGAAUGGUGGGGCCCAUCCUCCUCACGCGAGAGGCCGAUAACUGCCGACGGCAGCUAGCGAGCUGGCUCUCUAUAGAUCGAUUUGAGGGGGUAGACUACGCAGUUGACGAACAUGGGCACCGUGUAUACGACAUUACACGCCUACAGUACCUAAUCGACCCUCUUCUGAGGGCAAUGAACCGGGAAGGAUGUCGGUGCCGGAUGUUCAGAGGAUCUAUCACAGAACUCGUCUCUGCCUAUCAAGAAACAUACGUGAUCCCCAUCCAAGUCGUCUCCGACACUCCACGAAUCAUCAAUCUCCGCGGAGGCGCCCCCCCCCCCCCCAAUCUCCUGGUCGGAUACUAUCAUAUCCUCCAUGCAGACGUUUAUAUCAGUCGCGAGGCAGAUUUUCUCGUCGUGGGAGAGGGGCCACCGGAGCUAGGGCAACUGGAAAGGGCUUAG